CGAUGGUAUCUCACGUGUUGUCUCGGUGUUUCCGGCAUUUGGAGCAAAGAGUGAUUAUUAUUAAUAAUACCAGACCAAUUCAUGGAAUAUUCUGUGGUAAUAUUAACAUUAGUACUGAAAAUAGAGUUAAUAAAUUCAGUGACGCCUCAAGAGAUUCCCUUUGUCUCAAUCAUAACCUAAAUUGCACGUUCCGACGAUGGAAACACAACAGGAGCAGUAAAAAGGGACAACAUCGAGAGGAGGAUGAAGACCUGGAGGACAAAGACGACGAGGAAAUGCAGUUAUUGGCUCAUGGAAAGAAUAAUAAAAUAAUUACCCCGAGUACUAGUUCAAUGAGAAUCGACGCAGUCGUCAAAGCUGCACUUGGAAUUGCCAGGAGUCAAGCAGAUGUAGCUCUCUACGAGAGUAAAAUCCGUGUGAACAGUGAAAAAGUCCUGAAGAAAGGGUAUCAAGUGGCCAUCAACGACGUGAUCGACUUUAUCGUCGGCCCGAGCCCCAAAAAUCCGAAAUUCACGAUCGUAACCCGAAUAACAAUUCUGGACGCAAAACUGAAUGUCGACACGAUAAAAUUAAAAAUCCUCCGAGAGAAGAACCUUGUGGUGGACGACUACAUGGACUCCUACAAGCUGGAGACAUCAGACUAAAAUAAAAUCUACAAAAUCAUUGAUUCGCCUGUAAAUAUCUGUACAAAAUAUAAUCUCGAAUUUUCAUUUACAUCAUUAA